AUGGCAGACACCGCAGCAGCUCCCGUGGCGAAAGCCAAGAAGGCCUCCAAGCCUAAGAAGCCCGCUGACCAUCCCAAAUACAGUGAGAUGGUGAAGGCCGCAAUCAGCGGACUGAAGGAAAGGGGAGGUUCAUCCAGGCAGAAGAUCCUCAAGUACAUCGUGUCUAACUACAAGGUUGGUGAUGAGAAAUCUGUUAACACUCACUUGAAAGUCGCCCUCCGUAAUGGAGUGAAAUCCGGCCUGUUGAAACAGUCUAAGGGUACCGGAGCCGCCGGGUCUUUCAGAUUGGGAGAUUCCGCCAAGAAAGCACCUGCGAAACCCAAGAAGAAGGCCGCUGCCAAGAAACCAGCUGCCAAGAAGUCCCCUGCCAAGAAGCCAAAGGUAAAGAAAGCCAAAUCCCCAAAGAAGGCCGCCAAAAAGCCCGCUGCUAAGAAGGCCACAAAGAAAGCCGCGCCAAAGAAGCCAAAGGCCACCAAGAAGCCAGCAGCUAAAAAGCCCAAGGCCAAGAAGUCUCCCAAGAAGGCGGCCAAAAAGCCAGCCAAGAAGUAA